AUGAUCUUUGGUACUAAUUCCACCAGCAUACCAUCAACUCGAACCCUAACCACUACCCCUGGACCCUCCUCCCCAAUGGACGACGAAGACGUCGUAGAAGUGGUCGACACCGCCGCCUCCACUUCAUCCUCCUCAUCAUCUCCUCCAUCCACCCGCCUCAUGGCCGUCGGGAAAUGCAAAGCGGAACUCAAAUCCGGCAAUAUAGGCCUAGAUUGUCCCUGCAACAGGGGAAUCUUCUCUCUAACCCAUACCAACGAUAUCAGCGAUCAAUGCAUCGACUGCGAGCACUCCAUCGCAGAACACGAGGGCAUUGAUAUCGAUAUCCAACGAAAAGGCAUGUCCUUCCCUUCCCUUAUCCCCCCUCUAUCCCUA